AUGAGCACUCCAGCCAUCCACAUCCGAGCUCGCACGCCGCCACUCCAGGAGUCACCGCACCAGGAUUCCCAUCGCGGACGCCGUCACGGGCUUGGUAGUCGUCGGUCGGAUCGGUCAGACGAAGAUGAGCGGUCAGCUUGGGAUGCAUCGACUGGGUCUGUGGAAGCUCGCAACCGACAGCGGCUGGGCAAGACGAGCUUCGUGAGGGAAGGUGAGAAGAGUAGGCCUUGGACAGGCAAUUGGGUAGAGCCUUCCGAGGGGGACGUCUCGAAGAUCGAGAACAGCUACGAGCACGAUACAUCAAUCGAAGGUCUGGAUCAAGAAGCUCCACAAACACUGCAGCCGCAGCUCACACCUGCGAACGACACUGAAGCAACAAGCACAAUGGCCUCCUUCUACGCUCAGCUGGCUGCCAGCCUCAAAGCGCCCAGCGUGGUCAGCAAGCCCACUGCUCAGGCUUCGGCGAAUACAUCUACAAUGUCAAGUUCGACAGCGAUACGACCACGCUCAGUGGUACCCAAGAGUCGUAGUGGGGCCAGAACCGCGAGCCAAAAGGGUACAACAGAUUGGUUCAGUGCACGACCUCGCCUACCGACGGCUUCUGUCCGCCUGGACAGAGGCCAAGACUCUUCUGCAAGCGAAGCGGACGACGAUCGAUCUCAUCAACAAAAUUCAACAUCUACAAGUCCCACCCUAACGCCUUGCCCUACCUGCUCUACACCUCUCCCUUACCCCUGCCCGCCGAGCGUGCUCCGCUCCCACCUGAGCUCAAUAGCGCACCGCCUGGCCCUACCUCACUUCCCACCCGCCUCUUCCUCGUCUACUCCUCUCUCUACUGGACUGAAUGAGCAGAUUCGCAAAGUACAAUUGCACCUGGACGAAGCCAACAGGGGUUACAGGCUGCUGAGCGGCAUGGGCUGGAGAGAAGGGAUGGGCGUAGGGCGGAGCGAGUGGGAGUGGGAAGAGGGACAGAGGGAGCGCGAGCGCGAGCGAAGUCGAGAGAAGCAAGAAACUGCGAAGAAGCGGCGGGAAGACGGGGAUCGGACAGCUAUCGAGACUGAAAUUGCUACUGCUGAUGAGCGGAAGCCGUCGCCAGGGAAGGUCCUCGUCAUCUCGUCAGACGAGGGCGAGGAAGAAGACGAGGAUGACUUCGAGGCGGUCGCAAGCCUCGACAAUGUGGCCGGCGACGGCAUAGACGACGUCUUCCAUCUCCCACCGCAAGAGCAGAGCAUCGCUUCUGAAUCUGCAGAGCGUGAAGGAGAACACUGCGGCGACCAGGUUCUACCCACUGCUCAGCGUCCCGAGCCCCGCCUGGUACCCAUCAGCAUCUCUCAAAAGCAUGAUCGAGCAGGUCUUGGCCGAAAGCUUUCCUCAAGGUCCUCGACGCCUUCUGGCGACAUUGCUAUGACAAGUGGUGGUAAAAAGCGAAAAGGCGGCGCAAUAGGCCCGGAAGCGCUCUUUACGCUGAAGAAGAGAGAGAGGGAGUCGAGAGAUCGGCAGGAUCGCGAGGAGCGGAUGGCGAUCCGGGAUAGUCUGAGAUGA